AUGAGGUCUAGACGCCAGGCAGUGACCGUAAUUCGCAAACGUGACGGCUUUGUUGAUACGUCAGUCAAGUGCAAUAUCACCGUCACCAUCCCCGAUAACGUCCUGUUGAACGUCGAUGUUAAUAACCCGGGGUGGAAGGUCGGCCUAACCCCUAGGUACAGGAACUCGCUCUGGCUUAUGCGAGUCAUCGCGAUGUGGGAGUAUAGGACUAUAAACAGGGAACCGGCAAGACCUACACUUUUAUAUUACCCUCCGGAUUUCUCUUUCGUGGUGCUCGACAUCGAGGUCAGCAUAUACACAUGGAGCGGUAGCUUCCCGCCCCUGGACGACGAUAUGAUCCCCAUCUGCACCACUAACGUGGAGUGGUACGAGUCUACAGAGAAGGACGUGUGCUUCUGCAUCUACAAGUUAGGGAAACACACGACGUUUGAAUAUCGAGCUCGGGAGGACACCUUUCGCGAGCAAGGCAAGAACUCGCUUGAGGCGUGCGGAACCGCGUACAAGAUCUUGAAGAGGCUCUCGCCCGAAUUCCUCAACAUACUCAACGGCUUCAUCCUCAACUUGAAGAGAAUAGCCACACAUAUCGUGCGAAAUCUUGGGGCUAAUGUUAGAGAAGAAGCCAUUGGGCAACAGCAGAUCCGGGAUGCACUGGAACUUACCCAGCGGGACCGUGACCAUUGGGAUUUCGGUGUUGAAGACGAAGAUGAUGAGGAAUGGCCCUUAAGCGUGAUGAAGUUCUCCUGCCUUGGCUAG